AUCUAAUAUAAAUAUCUCUGAUAGCUGGCAGAAUGUUAACAUGGUGAGAGCUUUGAUGAAGGUAGAGUAUGAACCAUCCUGUCUUAUUUACUAAUAUUACAUCAAAAUGUCCAAGCUUGUUUGGUUCAUGAAUGCAAGUGUAUUUCUCUACACAGAUCUUUUUACAGGUAUCAUGUCUUCAGUGCAUUCAGACUCCUUUGGAAAUUCAACCUUUGUUCGUCCUGCAACUUUUUUCAUCAAUGGCUUUGUGAAUGUUCCUCAUGCAAAAUACUAUUAUGUGUUUUUGUCUUUGGUUUAUGCUGUGACUGUUUUUGGGAAUUCUUUUAUCAUGUGUAUCAUCUGUUUAGCUCGCAGACUUCACACAGGCAAAUACGUUGCCGUCUUUCACUUGGCUUUUUCUGAUAUGUGUGGAAGCUCGGCUUUGAUCCCAAAGCUCCUGGAUAUGUUUCUGUUUGAGCAUCAAUACAUUUCAUUUGAAGACUGCUUGGCAAAUUUGUUUUAUGUAUUUCAUUUUAUGAAUCUGCAGUCUUUAACACUAUUAUCCUUGGCUUAUGACAGACUAAUAGCUAUUUGUUUUCCUCUAAAGUACCAUUCCAUCAUAACCAAACGAUCCAUGUGUCUGAUCAUGGCUGUUAUGUGGAUUUUUUCUGUGACUUUUUUUGCUGUACUCGUAGGUUUGCUCACUAGACUCUCGUUUUGUGGAUCCACUGUGGUCAACAGUUAUUUCUGUGAUCACAGGCCUAUCUAUAGAUUAGCUUGUAAUGAUAAUUCCUUAAAUAUAAUGAUGGGAAGGAUGUGCUUUGGCCUACUGAUUUGUUUGCCACUGGUACUCAUCGUCAUCUCAUAUUUUUGCAUCGCUCUGGUUUUGUUUAAGAUUGCCCAUAAUAUUGACCGGACCAAAGCCAUGAAAACCUGCACUUCCCAUCUCUUGUUGGUUGCUAUUUUUUAUAUCCCAGUUUUAAGCAAUAAUAUUGCAGCUGCAUUGACUUCAUCUGUUGUGCCAAAUGUCGGGAUAAUUAACAUUUCCCUGACACAGACAAUGUCCCCGAUGUUAAAUCCCAUCAUAUACACUUUAAAGACAGAAGAGGUCAUGCAAUCCAUAAAAGAUCUGUAUAAACGAAACAAAGUGAAAAUUACUAAAGAAGAAAACAUAAAAUAUAUAAGAAAGAAUUAA